AAGCAAUUUAAAAUAAAAAAAUUGUCAAGGUUGACUUUUGAAAACAGCUGAUUUUCGUCUGUCAGUAGACCGAACAUGAUUAACUGUUUUUUUUAUUUAUUUGAAUUCAUAAAUGUGACGUGACAAUGAGUGAAAUGGACUAUCAAAUGGCACUUGUGCUCCAACACAAGUUAAACAAUAUUAACCAUUCUGAAUCAGAAAAUGUAGAUUUUCAACUCGCAAAGAAACUCCAAAAAGAAUUUGAAAAUGAAUCAAAUAACGAACGAGAGAAUAAAACUACUACACUCUCCAUAGAAUCUUCAAAAUGUCUUGUCGAUUCCUCAUGGGAGUAUAUUGAUCCAACUCCAGAUGUUCAUGCUUUAUUUGUAGCAUUCAGUGAUAGGUUUUUUUGGAAUAAACUUCAAAGUGUUACAGUUGCAUGGAGUAAAAGAAUGACAAAGUGUGCUGGAAUCUGUUCAUAUCAAGGCAGAGGGGGGCUUUGCAGUAUAACAUUAAGUGAACCUCUGUUAAAGUUGAGGCCAAGAAAGGAUCUGGUUGAAACACUCUUACAUGAAAUGAUACAUGCUUACUUAUUCGUAACACAUAAUAAUAAGGACAGGGAUGGACAUGGACCUGAAUUUCAUAAACACAUGUAUAGGAUUAACAAGGAAUCUGGAACAAAUAUUACUGUGUAUCAUGAUUUUCAUGAUGAAGUAAGAUUAUAUCAACAACACUGGUGGAAAUGUGAUGGACCAUGUCAGAAAUGGAAACCAUAUUUUGGAAUGGUAAGAAGAUCUAUGAAUAGGGCACCUGGACCUCAUGAUAGAUGGUGGGGUGAACAUUCUAGGUCUUGUGGAGGCACUUUUAUAAAGGUUAAAGAACCAAAGAAACCUGAAGUGGUAAAGAAAACCAAACAAAAACCAGAGAAGCCUCAAAAUAAAACUGAAGAUAUUCGGAAAUUCAUAUCAACAUCUAAAGGUUCAACCACCACACAAAAGAAUCCAAUUAAUAGUAUUAAAACUCCAACAUAUGGUACAAAUGGUAGCACAUCUAUUACUGACACAAAUAAUAAAUUACCUAAAUUAAGCAACACUGAUAAAAUUACAAAAGUCAUACCAAAUAAUAAUAUCUAUGGUUUUACUAAUUUAGGCAAUGCUGGUUCAAGCAAGAAUGUCAUUCCUGGUGAUAAUAAGAUUAAUGGAUUUGUAAUGAAUAAUGGUAAUAUUGCAACAAGUAAAGCACCAUCCUCUAAUGGUAAAACCGAAAUUACAAACCGUUUUGAUCCAAUUGCAAAAAAACUUGGAGGUUCCUCCUCUACAGCUGGAUAUGAAACAGUAAGGAAUCAUUGGGCAAAUAAAUAUAAUGAACCUGAGCCUAAGAAACCAAAGUUAUCCCUUACAAAUGAUGUAAAUAUGAUAUGCUGUCCCAUUUGUAAUAAACAGAUUGAAGGUGAUCAAAUUAAUUCACAUAUUGAUCUUUGUUUAGAAUUGUCUGAGAAGGAAAAGAAUUGUAUUAUUUGUAACGUGAAAAUCUCAGUGUCUAAAUAUGAAAGCCAUGUACAAUCCUGUAUAAAUGAUGCUUUUAAUGAUGAUGAUGAUGUGUUUAUUAUAGAGACUAAAACUCCAAAGACUGAAAUGUCUCAAGAGACAGUCAAUUGCUUAGCCUGUGGUAAAAAAAUAUAUAAGACUGAACUAAAUAGCCAUUUAGAAGAUUGCAUGAGUAUCACUCAAGUUUUCGAAAACAGCCAGAUAAUUGAAGAUGAUGAAGUACAUGUACAGAAUGAAAAAUCUACUAAGGAUACUAGUUACAAUUGUCCAUGUUGUAUGAAACUCAUUUUACAAGAUCAAAUGAACCAACAUAUAGAUGAGUGUUUAAAUAUUGUCAUGCUGGAAGGAGAAUGUAAUUCAGAGCGGCAAACUUUGCUUAAUAAUUUAAAUGAAGACUUUUAGUAGAUAAUUGUUGUAUUAAUUUUAUUAUUUCAUGUUUUGUGUUAUUUUAUUUAAAUAUAAAUAUUUUUUUAGAA